GCUGGCGGGCGGCGCAGCUCGGGCACUGGCGGGCGAGCUUUCCCGCCGCGAGGACCUCCGAGCCGGUCCGCGUCGCCGGCCCUCGCAAACCACUUGUUGAAUCUUACAGACUUUUCACACCUCAGCCGAACUCGCUCGAGUCGCGUCGCGCGUGUUAGCACUACGUUGUCGUGCCCGGUCUCUCCUGAUUUACUUUCGUUUCGGUUAGUUCCAUCGUACUUCUGAGCUGAUCUCGAGCUACCUGUGAUGCCUACUCUUCGCUUCCUCUCUGCCUUGUCUUCAAUCCCACAUACGCUUGGUUUCGUCUUCCUGUCAGUGUUAUUAUUGUUACGGACGGCUCAUACAGUAACAUGAUGCGGAGCGCGUUGUAACUUGUUGUAACUUUUGAGAUAUUUAGAAACUGUUGUUGAUACUCGCAUCUGUGUUACCUGUUGACUACUUACUUAUUAUAUUAGAAUUCUGAAUUAAAUAAAUAUAUACGUCGCUGUAAAAUUAUAAAUCGUUCGUUGUAAUACCGUGGAGCGUCCCUGAGCUCAGAUAAUAAGGAGCUUUGCACCAAAACAAAUGUUCGAUCGUAAUGAGAAGAACGUGAAUUGAUGCUGAAACAGACAAUACAGACGCAGAAAUCGGUGAUAUUUAUUAAGCAAAAUAUGUACAAACUGUUUGAUGUGAUAAUUGUGUAUGGGAAUUACCCUCAGUUAGCGCCCUGACCCAAUGACCCGGCUUUCGACAUGCCUCAGUCCCCCUCACCUCGUCUGCGCCAUUACAGGUCCCUGGAAACCAAGCAUGGUUAUAUAAACCAAGCAUGAAACGUACCAAGCAUGAAAUCAUGAGCAUCGAACAUCAUCCGCAAAACACAUGACUAUGACAGCAAUAUGUUUCGUUUGCAACCUACCAAUACUGUCGCAUCAAGUGGGCUUGGUUUGGGCUGGAGGCAACGGCUGGGACGAGCUGACACGAUCUACCUUAGAAGAAUCCACUCUCAGACAGAGACUCGGCAGUCGGAGGGAUUCGGCAGCGCAAGUGUCUUGCCUAUCACCGCCGGAGCCAGACGUCGAAAAUCAGCCCAGAGGUGGACCUCGUCGCCGCCGCUCCUCUUUGGCUCAAUUAACCGAUAUACUGCGCGAGUGGGGUGGCGGGGGCAGCGCGCCCCGACGCCAGCGGGCCCCGCUCUCCCGGCGAGAGACCCUGGCGGACCUCGCCCGCUCCCUGCCUUGGGCGCGGCACGAACCACCACCGAGGCGCCGACGCGAUUCUUCAGCCGACUCCGGCAUCAAAUCCAUGGCCUCCAAGCGCCGUGACUCAAAAGCACCUCAAGAUUUUCGCGCAGAUUUUCCCAACUGGGACCGCAAAGAUUCAAUAACCAUCAUGCCUACCAGAGAACGACGUAUCAAGAGACGCGGCUCUGAAGAAAAUAAGGAGCGUAGAGACUCAGUAGAUGGACAUCGCCACCGUCGUGACUCCGUCGCAGCACCUCCUAGGAUAGUAGCGACCCAUAGAAAAAGGCGAACAUCGCCGCCAACUCCAGCACCUCCAUCUUUUGUUGAUGCAUCUUCUGACCCUGGACCCUCUACACAUAUGCCAUGCGUGACUGUAGUUGCUAUCCAUGAACCAAGCCGAUCCGAUGGAGAGUGCCAACCUACAAUGACAAUGCCUACUAUCAUUACAUCUGCUGUGACACCCUCACCUACAUCACCUACGCCACCAAACAGUAGUGCCACUCAAACAGUGCAGACUUCCCAAACAACACAAUCAGCUCAAGCAACCCAAGCCACUCCCGGCGGCCGGUCUCCACCGAACUUAGGUGGCCGUCGGGAUUCAACUACCCAAUGCGGUCGUGCUCGCAGAGAUUCUAGAGCUGCAGCCAGUCCAGAACGAAGACUUGGUAGGUUACAACGCCAAGCUACUGCCUUUGAUGAUCCAAUAGGACCACCUGGUACUAGACGUAGAGAUUCGGGGCCAUCAUUAGGUCCCGACGAUGAAGGGAGGGCGAGAAGAGAUUCUUUAAGCCCUGACUCUGCAGUAAGGCCAAGACGAGAACGCUCUCAACUAAGUCCUGAUCGUGCUGGAGGAGGUGAGUUAAGUCCAUCAGCUGCCAGGCGACGGAGUCGACUACGGAGACAAGCAUCGUGUGCCAGGAUGGGCCGAGCACGAAGCCCAGAAUCUAGCUCUUGCUCGAGUAGAGAUCCUAGUCCUUGUGCUCGGCCACCUGAGAGGACGAUGAUCCGGCGACAAUCUACUACUGAAGAAAUACUAAUAGCCAGAGGCUUUCGCCGGCAGUCGACUACUGAGGAAAUGAUUAGAUGCAGAAAUUUUCGACGUCAAAGUUCGCAAAGUGAUGAUGCUUGCAUGCGAGCGCGCGGUCGUCGAGACUCCUCAACACAAAUACUAGAUGGAACUAUUGGGACCAUGACUGUUGAGACUACAAGCACGUUCUUCGAUUCCAGCACACAAACUGAACCAUCCCCCUUAUACGACAACAAUCACUACCACGAGGAAUGUCUCCGCUGCAACUCCUGCGGGCUGAACCUCACCGGGCCCAACCAGAAACGCGCUCGCCGUUUCAAGAACCAGAUCCUGUGCGAUUUGCACUUCGCGGACGUGGCGCUGAUGGAGUGCAGUGACUUCAUGCAGCAGCUGCGCAGCUUCAAACCCCAGUCCUUGGGCUGCGCCGUGGCCAGGCGCAAGUCUUCCACCACGCUCAUAUUCCCUCUGCCACCGCAGGCUUGCUCAGAUGAAUUCUGCGAGGAGUACCCACAUAGCCUGAUCCCCACUCCCGGCUACUGGAUCGAGUGUUCGCGACAAAAGAUAGCCACGGACACCAUUUGGGACGAAUCUGAAUCGGAACACGACAGUGGACCUGACCGGGAUGAUAAUGAUCGCCACAGAAGAUCAGGGUCUCUCGACGAGGCAGCAGAAGACAGCAGUGACAAUGGAGGCAGCACACCAAAGAAGAAAACAGCCAUCGAGGAACAAUGGGAGAGGUCAGGAGGCUUCGAGCUCACCUCGGUGGAACAAGAAACAUAUGAGAAGUACUUCUAUGGAACUGAGCAUUGGAACUACUUCACGAAUGAUGAAGACUUGGGGCCUGUUAUACUGUCUAUUAAGCAGGAGACGCUUAAUGGCAGGGAUCAGUUCAGGAUCUUAGUCCGAGCAAUAAGCUACACAGUACACGGGCUGAUUCCUGCAUCAUGCGUCUUCGCGGACCGGUACAACCGAGAGGAGGUGGUGCGCUCGCUCGGCAAGGAGGUCAACAUCAACCCGCCGCUCAUGCUGGGCCAGCUGCCCGACACGCCUGAAGAACUCCUCAAGCUGGACCAGGUAUUCAUAAAGUCUGAGCUCAAAGUCGGCGUCAUAUACGUGAAGGAAAACCAGUACACAGAGGAAGAGAUUCUGGACAAUAAUGAAAACUCACCAAUGUUUGAAGAGUUCUUACAAGUAUUAGGGGAGAAAGUCAGACUUAAAGGUUUCGACAAAUACAAAGGAGGUUUAGACACAGUACACGACCUGACGGGUUUGUAUUCCGUCUAUACAAACUGGAGAGGAAUUGAAAUCAUGUUUCACGUAUCAACUCUAUUGCCUUACGAGAGACACGACCCUCAAAAACUACAAAGGAAGCGGCAUAUAGGGAACGACAUUGUUUGUGUCGUGUUCCUGGAAGCCGAUAACACUGCAUUUUCACCGGCUUGUAUUAAGAGCCACUUUUUGCACACGUUUAUAUUAGUCCGAGUAUCAGCUAAGAUCAAGCGUCGUCCAACACGAUACGAAGUGUCAGUGGUAACGCGAGAUGAAGUGGGCGCGUACAAGCCUUACUUGUGGGAACAGAGCGUCUUUGACAAAGGACCUAUGUUCAGGGAAUGGUUACUUACCAAAAUAGUUAAUGGAGAAAGAGCAUCAUACUCCGCGCCCAAAUUCGCAAGAAUGCAAGAAAGAACCCGCAGUCAAAUGCUAGAAGAUAUUGUAGCUAACUUACAGAAUCAUGCUGAGACUGGACAAAUACCCAAACCAUAUCGAAGAGGCUCAUGGCGACCCAUCGGUCACAUGCGACCAUCGUCACCUCUGCUGGACUCAGUGCGGGACCAGUUUGAAGACUAUGACCAGCUUGCGAAGGACUUCACACGGGUCUUCCUCAACAGCGAGCUCAAUAUGGCACAGAACGCUCAACUGUUUGAUGUCGUCUUCUUAGUGGGGCAGUCCAAGCAGAAGACCAAGUUUAUUGGCGUUAGAGCCAUACUUGGUGUUAGGAGCAGGGUGUUCCAAGAGAUGUUAUACGGCAUACAAACCGGCUUCGGGUCGCCUCAAGUCCCCGUGGCAGAACUUUUGGCGCGUCCGGCACCAACCCUGCUGUCUCCUACGCCUGCUAGACAAAAGAGCAGCAACUUCUUACAAGUUCCCGACAUUGAGUCACCUAGACCGAAAAGCGUGCCAAGUUCGCCGAUGGUGAAGCGUGCGUUCUCCCGCCUCGGCACCAUCACAGCAGGCUGGGGUCGGUCUAUUCGCAAACAGCAUUCGCAACUUAACGCGGAAGACAAAAAGAAAUGGGCUAGCUCCCAGGAUUGUUCCAAUAAAGAAGGAAAAGAUAAGGAAAAAGACAAAAAUGCAGCACUCGCUGUACCAAGGCUAUCAGUAUGCGCCGAUGCUCAAAAAGUAGAUCGCGCCAAGCUGGCACAAACUGAGUUUUCAAUAAUCGAAUUCGAUCCGGAGACGUUUCGCAUUCUUCUCGAUUAUUUGCACACCGGCAGCUGUCCAUUGACCUGCGCAUCGAUACCCGGACUCAUUUGCGCUGCGGAACAUUACGACUUGCCUGAAUUAUUACAAGCGUGUUUCCAUCAUGCCAAGCAGUUUCUUAGAAUAGAAGUGGUAUGCACGAUGCUCAUAUCAUUAGAGAAUUACUACUGGCGAUAUACGUCAGCAUCGGAAUUGGUAAACAUGAUCCUGGCAUUCAUUGAGCAGCGAGCUUAUGCCCUGUUCCAAACGCCAGAGUUCCUCAACCUAUCGGAGUCCAUGGUGCAGAUGAUCAUGUGCAGAAACCUCGAGGUGCCUGAAGUUAGGAAGUUCGAGGCCAUGCUCAGUUGGGCUCGAAACAAAAUCAAAGCCAAGUCCGCUAAUAAGACUGAUGCCAAAAAUGAAUUUAAAUGCACUAUGGAAAGAUUAGCUAGAGAUCUGAAACUGUACAGGAUCUCACCGCAGGAAUUGAUAAAAGUGGUGCUCCCGUCAAAGGCCAUCAAGAACGAGCGGAUCCUGGAGACCCUCAUGUACCAGGCCAACUCGGGCAUGUACAGGAUCCAGGACAGCUACAUCGAGGCCUGCCAGCAGCGCCUUCAGAAACAGGACUCGAGGUUCUCGGAAUUCGAGAGUUUCGACUAUGGUAUAUAAAACAUGGAGCUGUGAGAAAUAUCAGUGUAUUAGAUAGAUUAUGAAGAGUGACUGGGCUGGGUCCUUCUUAUAAUGUGGUAUGUUGACGCCUUCUAAAAGUAUUAUUGUUAUAGAUGUACUCGAGUACUGUAGAGGUGCGAGAAAUAUUUGUACACUUCUCGGAUACCUACUCCUUGUUGUUGUUCAUUGAUACCUAUAUUUUUUACAUCUAGCUAGAUGUGUUCAGCAUAAUCAUCUCUAUUUUUGGUACCAAAAAUUGCGAAUAAAACGUUCAUCGUCUGGCGAAGGAAUUUUACAUCAACAUAUUGUUUAUAUCCAUCCAUGUUAUAGCACGUUUUUGUGGUUUUUCGUCUAUAAUCGAUCAUGAAAGUUUCUCGAUUUAACCAACAAUACCACGAGAAGUAGAAAUAAUAUAAGUGCCACUUAACAUCUUGUUCAAACGAUAAGGGAUUCUAGUAAACGACUGAAGCGGACCUGAACAUGUUAUUCGAAGUUGUACAGUAUAUAAAACUUGAUAUAAAUAUAUCACCUUUAUAAAUGUUCACAAAUUACAGUAACUUGUACAAGAUGUACAAAAUAAUAUAGAAAAGUUAUCCGUAGAAUUAAAUUCAAUAUAUAAAUCCGUUGUGUAAGUCUCGUUCUUGAGACCUUUUCAAAAUAUUAUCAUAGAUAAUGCUAUUGCCUUCUGAAGUGUAUAGAAUGUUAUACCUACCUAUAUGUAUACUGUUGUUGUAUUUACGAUAUAAGCAAAUAAUUCAUGAAAUAUUGUCACCAAUUUUACCAUUUCUAAACUAAGCACAUAUUAAGUACCUAUUAUAUUAUCAUAAUUUACCAAUAACGAGAUAUUUUAGUGGAAUUUUUAAAAUAUAAAAGUUUGCUACGUUUCAUACUUUCUUUAUUUGACAGGCUAAUGUUGUAUUAUAUAUUUUUUUAAAUUGUAUUAAGAAAAUUGGUGACAAAUUUUAUCUUUCGCACAAUUUUUAUCCAAAAACAAAGCUUUAAUUUUACCACUAACUUAAGCUCAGUUUUUACACAUUUCUGUAUCUUAUGAUUUAACAGGUUUAUUUAAAAUAACUACUUAUUCAUCUAAUGUUAUACUCUAAAUAAACGUUGAUUAUCCGGGCGUACAUGUAAAAUAUAGUCCGAAGCACAACUACGAUUGUCUCCAUUACAUUUGGUCGUUUCGUUCGCAAUUCGCCCCUAUCUGUGUUCGAUGGAAUAAAGUAAGUAUAGAAAGUAUAUAAUAUACCUAAAUGGUCUAAAAUAUUCGAUAUACUAGGUGUAAAAGUCACCAUUUGUAUCAGUAAAGUAACGCCUUGUAUUCGGUAAAUUGUAUGUAGUAGAUAAUAUAGCAGGGUGUUAUAUCCUAGGUUUAGCUUGCAUUUGAUAGCCGAAUUUGGCCAACGACCAAGUGUAAAUGACGCAUCACAUAACUAUUGUUUGUCUCGAAUACUUUCGACGUGAGCGAUGUUCGUGUCAUAUUGGUGAUGCUAACAACAAAACUGAAUUGUGCAGUCUGUGCUUAGGAUAAGUUUAACUUAUGAUGACACAUACAGACUGCAUAGAUAUAGUUUAUAUCUAACUAUCUUCUACUUGAUCUCACCUAGAUAAGUGUAUCUACUUUGUGUUAAUAAUUGUUAAAUGAAGACUUCUGAACCAAGUGUUAUAAUAGUAUUUUUUAUCCUAGUAUACUAUGUCUACGGAAACUUUGAGACCCAUUUCGCUAAUUUGUCUGUGGUAUUUUAGUUUGCGUAGGUAUCUUAAAUAAAUAUCUAUAUCGGGAGCAUGUUCCCAAAGUAUGUAUCUACGUGUAUCCCAUACUGUAGGAAGCAAUUACACCAAAAGUUGUCUUUAAAUGAUCCAAAAAUAUAUGUACGCUUCUAGAUUAUUAAAAUUUUGCGCUUGUUUGCGUUUCACAUUUUUGCUACACAUCUUCAGUUAAUCUAUUUGUGUACGGAUUUUACACGUUCACUGCAAGAAUGAAUAUCUAUUUUGUGAUGUUUUCUCGUUUCGUUCAGGACGUCUGUACAUGUUUACAAAUGUUAGUAUAAUCCCAGCCUUAGUGCCAAGUUCCAUUCAUGUGCGCACUCGUCGUCUAUAUUCUAAAUAAUGUAAUAAAUAUAAAUACAUAAUAUAUAUAUAUGAAAUGGGUCUUCUGAAUCUUAAUGAGUCGUCUAAUAAAAUAGGUGUUAAUAUAUAAAUAAAUAUUUAGCCUAAAUUCAAACGUUUGUAACGUUCUGGCGAAAGACAUGAAAAUACGUUGAAUUGUCGGUAAAAUUUUAUACUUAUGAAAAUUAUACAUGAGAAAGUCUUCUAUUGUCAAUAAUUUUAUAAUGUUUAGUUGUAACUUUGCUCAAAGCUUCUAUGGAUGGUCGCCGAUAUGUAAUAUUCUGUGUAUGUCAUAUAUAUGUAAUGCAUGACUACCCGAUAUCUUAUGAGUUUUACAAUAUAUAAUACUCAUGUAUGUAUCUAUAGGUUUAAUUUGUAGGAACACCAAAUAUUGACGUGUCAAGUUCUUCGAUGGUUAAAUAAGUUUUCUAUUCCAAAAUUUUAACCUUCCUGUGAUCGUGAAUGUUGCUAUAAGUAUGUUAAUAUGUGGGAUCUUCAAAGAAUAUAAAAUUAUAAAAAUUAUAACUGUUAUUUUGCAAGAGCAAAGCAAGAUUAUUAUCCAAUGAAAUUUUAUGUGGUGAAUAAAUUUUUUUGUGUAUUUUAA